GAUGAUUCAGCAUUACCUUCACUUCCGCGUCCGUCGUUUCCAAUGAGCACCGCCCAGGAAAUUGCCCAGCUUCCUCAACGACCAGAGGCUCCUCAACAGACCAGUCAAUUUCGACUUUCCAGGCCUCAGAUCGUUGGGCCAGAUGCUCCCGAAUCACCAUUCCCGAUUCUGUUAUCGGGACCCGUGCAAAAAGGUUUUGGGCGAGGUAGCAAAGAUCUCGGUUGUCCCACUGCCAAUCUACCCGACGAGUCAUUCACCCCCAUGAGUUCUGUAACCAAGACAGGCAUCUACUAUGGAUAUGCACAAGUCCUGCCUCAAACAGAGAGCAAGCUUAGUGCGGAAGACAUAAAAGUACACCCAAUGGUCAUGAGUCUAGGCUGGAAUCCUCAUUACAACAACGAGAAACUCACGGCGGAAAUCCACAUCAUGCAUGACUUUGCCUCGGAUUUUUAUGGCUAUGAGAUGAAGGCGGUUGUUCUCGGGUACAUUCGACCCGAGUUACGCUACACAUCGCGCGAGGCGUUGAUAGACGACAUUGAAGUCGACAAACAGGUCGCGUUGAAUUCGUUGGAUAGACCCGGGUAUAGUAAAUUUAGUGAGGAUGCGCAUUUCAAUUAG